ACUUCACGUCCCCAGCUGAUCGGGGGCCGGUCGUCGUGUUUUUCUCUCUCUCUCAUUUUUGCUUAUUUUCGCCCACAACUUUCGAUUUCCUUUGCAUUUAUUCCCUAGCAUUUGGCCCCUGGGUUGACCUUCGACCCCACAAUGGCUUCCCGAAUCUGUUCGCUGGCCGGAAGAGGCCUCCGACAAAUCCUUUUGCCGAAAUACUCACAACAAUCCUUUGUGCGGAGUUUGCGGGUGUCGCCACACUUGCUGGCCACGGUGCCAUUCAACCUGUCGGACAUCGGCGAGGGCAUCAAAGAAGUGACCGUCAAAGAAUGGUUUGUCGAGGAGGGCCAGAAAGUGGCGCAAUUUGAUAAUAUCUGCGAGGUGCAGAGCGACAAGGCCUCGGUCACAAUCACCAGUCGCUUCGACGGUGUUGUCAAAAAGCUGCACUACAAGGUCGAGGACGUGGCCCUCGUUGGAAAGCCUCUGGUUGACAUAGAAGUUGACGGUUCUGAGGAGGAAAAGUCUUCCAGCUCAUCUUCGAGCAGUUCUUCAGACAGUGACGGUGAAAUAAAGACAACAGCUCCUGAGUUAAGUGCAGAGGAAUUGAUGCCAACUCUUUUCAAAUCCCUGGCAACCCCAGCUGUCCGCAGAAUAGCCAUGGAACACAAAAUCCAAUUGGUUGAUAUCAAUGGAACUGGUAGAGGGGGCAGAGUUCUUAAAGAAGAUAUUUUGGCCUUCAUCGAUGCGAAAAAAGGACCUCCGAAAGUUGUCUGCAAGGCCGAGGAGGACAGGGUCGAGCCCAUCAAGGGUGUCAUGAAGGGAAUGGCCAGAACCAUGACCGCUGCUUUAGAAAUACCUCACUUUGUGUACAGCGACGAAAUCAAUGUUGACAAUCUGGUCAGUGUCCGGCAGCAGCUGAAGGAGGCCUCGUUCAGUCGAGGCGGAGUCAAACUCACCUACAUGCCUUUCCUGAUCAAGGCAGCCUCCCUGGCGCUCAAACACUUCCCAGUCGUCAACUCCUCUGUGGACAGCAAGUGCGAAAACAUAAUUUACAAGGCAGACCACAACAUCGGCGUCGCCAUGGACACUCCUCUCGGACUUGUCGUGCCCAACAUAAAAAAGGUCCAGUCCCUGUCGGUCUUUGACGUUGCUGCCGAACUCAAUAGACUGAUGGUACUUGGCAUGAAAGGCUCCUUGAAGCAGGAGGACAUCACUGGAGGAACAUUUAGCCUUUCAAAUAUUGGGAUUAUUGGUGGAACGUACACAAAACCUGUAAUUCUCCCGCCAGAAGUGGCAAUCGGCGGCAUUGGCAAAAUUCAAAAGUUACCACGAUUCGACUCUACCGGUAAUGUGGUUGCGGCAAACAUCAUGGUUGUCAGCUGGGCGGCUGACCACAGAGUGCUGGACGGCGUCACUAUGGCCAAAUUCUCCAACAUGUGGAAGCACUACGUGGAGAAUCCUCACAGCAUGCUGCUCGACCUCAAGUAAAAAUUGCAGCUGUUUAUAUAUAAUUUUUUUUCUUCAUUUAUUCGAAUCAAAAGCUAUUAUAGAAAUAUAUUUAAAGACUAGGCAAGCUCAAUUUUGCAACCUGCUGAGGAAUGAAAAAGUGCCAUUAUGACAGAUUUAUUUUUAUAUUCUUGCCCGAAUCCUUUGCAAAUUAAUCCCUGCCAAGUCUUGCUCGGUUUAAUGUAAACCAUGACAAGUGUCAAAAUUUCAAAUUUACAAGUCGGAAAGCAGCUCAGGAGAAUCUCGAAAGUGCCUUAUUAUAACAUUAUACAAAAGAAGAAUCUAUUUUUUAAAUUUGUUGCCAUGAUUUAACUGUUUUUGUAGAAAACGUUGACAAUAAAAUCUGAAAGUUAUCAUGUAUGUAUAAUUGUUGAAACAAUCCGCUUGUUAUUUGUUAUUCCUCAAAUUAAAUAAUAAUAAUUGUUACAUUAAUAAUUAGGUUUUUCAGUAUAAUUAAACUAAAUUUAGUGCAUUGUUGAAACGUGUUUUUUAUUUAUUUUAUUGUAGGAGUCACCGCGCAAAUAAAAAAUUUACAUGCGUCUUACAUUACACGAAGUAUCAAACUUGUAUGUAUUUUUUUCACCAUGAGAAUCAAGCGUACUUGAAAUUUGUAUCAUCGAGAAACAAAAUCUCACAUUCUUGUUAUUCUUUCUUUUUUGAAUUGGGAACACAUUGAGGAGGAAACAAAAAAUCAUAUCAAUUAAUCAAUGUAUGCAGUAAACAGCAGCUCUCUCAGAAAGGAAGAAAUUGUUGUUUCGAGACAAUCAUCAGUCAUAUUAUUUUAUAUGUAAUUAUAUAUAAUUAACAAUCGAAUGACUUAUUAUGUACAC